AUGGAGGGGGGGGGGGGCAGUUAUCUGUUCAGAAAACCAGGUAGAGGCAAUGAAGAGGAAGAAGCCUUUAAUAAAAAUGGAUUUUCGAAUUGGAAAAAAACAAAUAAAUUUGAUCUUCAUGUAGGAGGUCAGAACAGUGCGCAUAAUAAUGCUAGACAUAGUGCUGAAGACCUACUGAAUCAGAGUCAACAUAUUGGGUUUGUGUUCCAAAAGCAAACAUAUCAAGCUACAUCUGCAUAUCAUAUUCGCCUCACUACCUCUGUUGAUUGCAUAAGAUUUCUUUUGAAGCAAGGGCUAGCUUUUCAAGGCCAUGAUGAGUCUUCUACAUCUAAAAAUCAAGGUAAUUUUCUUGAACUGGUACAAUUUUUGGCUGAACAUAACAAAGAUAUAGACGAUGUGGUUUUAAAGAAUGCUCCUGACAAUUUAAAGUUAAUUGCACCUGAUAUUCAAAAAGAUAUUACCAGAGCAUUCGCUAUUGCUACUACAAAUUUCAUAUCUGAGGAGAUUGGAUUGAUAGUAGAACGUUUCUUGGGAAUUUAUCAUGUAUCAGAUACUACUGCAAAUAGUCUUAAAGUUGCCACUGAACAACUCCUAUCAACAUAUGCACAUUACAUUCAUUGCUUCUCACAUCAGCUUCAAUUAGCAUUGGUGGCAGUGGCAAAAAAUCAUGUUCACAUUGCUUUGAUGUUUACUAUCAUUUCAAGUGUAAUGAAUCUGGUUGCUUAUUCUUGUAAGCGGCACGACCAAGUUCGAGAAAUACAACAUGAGAAAACAUUAAAGGAGUUAAAAAGUGGAAAUCUUUUAUCUGGGCAAGGCUUAAAUCAAGAAAUAACACUCAGGCGUGCUGGUGAUACGCGAUGGGGAUCACACUAUGAAUCAAUUUUAAGAUUGAUUACAAUGUUCUCUAUAGUUAUUGAUGUUCUAGAAAUCAUUUUGGAAGAAGGCUUGAGCUCAGAACAAAAAGAUGUUCUUGGUAUUACUAAUGAACUAUCAAAAGCUUUACAGAGAGGAGAACAAGAUAUUGUUAAUGCUAUGUCUUUGGUGCGUAUAUGUAAAAGACGACUCCAGGAUAUGAGAGAUAACAAGUGGACUGACUUCAUUAGUAAUGUAAUCGCAUUUUGUGAGCAACAACAUAUCAAUGUUCCACAUAUGGAUGACAAAUGGCUUCAGAAGUUGAACAAUCGGUUUACAGAAGUAAAUACCGACCUGCUUUUGUGCAUGGCAUGUUUGAAUCCUAAUAACAGAUUUCAUGCAUUCAACAAAGACAAGUUGAUUCGAAUGACACAAUUUUAUCCAGCUGAUUUUAGUCUUCUUGAUCAGGCAGUUAUUGAAAAUCAAUUGGAUACUUACAUCAUGGAUAUGCGAUCUGAUGAUCAGUUCACCUCAUUAAAAGAUAUUGGAAGUCUUGCUGAAAAAAUGAUCCAAUGCAGGAAGGAUAUAGUAUAUCAUGAUUGGCGAUCAAUGGAUGAAUGA